AUGUUACAAAAUAUAUCUAACAAUUUAUGCAAUGUUGCAAUUUCUGCAAUGUUGCAAUUUCUGCAAUGUUGCAAUUUCUGCAAUGUUGCAAUUCCUACAAUGUUGCAAGGUUACGAUAUAAUCAAUGUUGCAAUAUAUGCAAUGCUGCAAUAUAAACAAUGUUACAAUAUAUUCAAUGUUGCAAUAUUAGCAAUGUUGCAAUAA